AUGGAGGCGGUGGGCAAGUUUGAGUUCAGCAGGAAGGACCUCAUCGGGCACGGGGCCUUCGCCGUGGUCUUCAAAGGCCGCCACCGGGAGAAACCUGAGCUGGAGGUAGCUGUGAAAUGCAUUAACAAGAAAAACCUUGCGAAGUCACAAACUCUGCUGGGCAAGGAAAUAAAAAUACUUAAGGAAUUGAAACAUGAAAACAUCGUUGCCUUGUACGACUUCCAGGAACUGGCAAACUCUGUCUACUUGGUUAUGGAGUACUGUAAUGGUGGUGACCUGGCAGACUAUCUUCACACUAUGCGGACACUUAGUGAAGACACCAUCAGGCUCUUUCUGCAGCAGAUCGCAGGUGCCAUGAAAAUGCUGCACAGUAAAGGCAUCAUCCAUCGGGACCUGAAACCACAGAAUAUCCUUCUUUCCUAUGCUGGAGGCAAGAAAUCGAAUCCCAACAACAUUCGCAUAAAGAUUGCUGACUUUGGGUUUGCUCGAUACCUGCAGAAUAACAUGAUGGCAGCAACGCUGUGCGGGUCACCCAUGUACAUGGCACCUGAAGUCAUCAUGUCUCAGCACUAUGAUGCCAAAGCUGACCUCUGGAGCAUAGGAACCAUAAUCUAUCAGUGUCUGACGGGAAAGGCUCCGUUUCAGGCCAGCAGCCCACAAGAUCUUCGUCUCUUCUAUGAGAAAAACAAGAUGCUGAUGCCGAACAUCCCCAGAGAGACAUCAAGCCACCUGAGGCAGCUGCUGCUGGGUCUUUUGCAGCGCAAUCAUAAGGAYCGCAUGGACUUUGAUGAGUUUUUCCAUCACCCAUUCUUGGAUGCAAGUGCCUCUAUGAAAAAAUCUGCUUCUGUGCCAAUGCCUUCCUAUCCCAGUUCAGGCUCCGGUAGUUCCUCCAGCAGCUCUUCCACUUCCCACCUGGCAUCGCCGCCUCAGUCCCUUGGAGAGAUGCAGCAGCAGCUGCAAGAGAAGACUCUGACAUCUCCGACCCAAGAUUCUCCUGGAUUUCUGCAUGGGUCUAAGGAGUCUGCUGGGAACAGCAGUAAAAAUUCAUCGUGUGACACUGAUGACUUUGUUAUGGUCCCGGCACAGUUUUCAAGUGAUAUAACUGCUGAGGCUGCUGGCGGAAAACCAAUCCAAGACAGUCUGAUGUACAGCGGGAGUUCUCUGGUGGCUUCAGCAGGCUUGGAAAGCCAGGGAAGGACACCAUCUCCUUCGCCCCCUUACAGCAGUUCUCCUAGCCCAUCCAGCCGGCCGGGGCAGUUUUCCAGCAGCAAGUACGGACACUCUGUGCCCAUUCCGGUUCCAACACAAAUCCAUAACUACAGGCGGAUUGAGCAGAACCUGCAGUCUCCCCAUCAGUGCUCCUCACCACGGUCUGGGACGGUGCGGAGAUCCAGCAGUACCAGCCCUCUUGGUUUUCCUAAAACUGGUGCUUCGCCYCCUUAUGCUGGAGAGCAUGGAUCUGUGCCCAGCUCCAGGAAGCUCUCAUUUGGUGGUGCCAAGCCGUUUAUGCCAUCUCCACAAGUUGGGACGAUCCCCGAGCAGCCUAACCAGACUGUUAUCCCCUGCUCUCUCGGAGCAGAAAUGAGAAACCGGAUUCCUGUGGUUGGUGCCUCAGCACCCGAGCACUCUCCUCGAGGGAUGGGCUCCCGGCUCCACAGCGCACCCAACCUGUCCGAUUUGCAUUCCUGCAGGCAGAAGAUAACCAAGCAGCACUCUGAUCCUUUAGUUGCUCACUUUGGCCACGCGGCAGUGAACCAGCCGCUGCAGGUGCACGGCCUGCAGCACUGCCGGCAGCUCAGGUCCUCCCCAAAGCUGUCUGAGUUCAUGCAGAGGAGCCCUCUGCCAACUAUCAUGGGCUCCCCCACGAAGGCUGUGUCCCCCUUUGAAUUUCCCAAAACACCAAGUUCCCAGAAUCUCCUCACACUCUUGGCCCAUCAAGGGGUCAUGAUGACUCCAACACGGAACAAGACGCUGCCGGAUCUGAAGGAGAUGGGUCAUUUCCACUGCCAGCAGACUGGCUUGGGGUUGAGGCCUGUGGAGGAGAUCAAGGGCAGAUCGCUGAGCACGGGCAGGCUCACCGACCUGCUUCUCAAGGCUGCCUUUGGGGCACAGAUCUCGGAAGCUGGCAGCAAUGACAGCCUGAACAACGAGAAGCCGAUGGAAAUCGCAGCUCCCUCAGGUGCUUACGGAGGGACCCUGCACRCUGGUGCCCGGGCGGGGGGCUCUGCCAGUCCGUCCCCAGUGGUUUUUACUGUCGGAUCCCCUCCCAGUGGAACAACCCCCCCACAGACCACGAGGACGAGGAUGUUUUCAGUGGGGUCUUCCAGCUCUCUCAGUUCUGGAGGCUCGUUCACUGGCAGACACCUGGCAAUGGGAGCUGGUGGGGACAUCGUGGAAGGCCCCUCGAGUCUCCGGUACGCCUUUGCUGACCCCAUCACAGCUAACCUGGAAGGUGCUGUUACGUUUGAGGCACCUGAGUUGCCUGAAGAGACACUCAUGGAGCAAGAGCACACGGACAUCCUGCGCAGCCUGCGCUUCACGCUGGCCUUCGUCCACUACGUGAUGGAAAUCGCUGCCCUCAAAGGCAGYUCCAGUGAGAUGAGCAGCUCCGUGGCGUCCGAGUACCAGCUGCAGGAGAGCGUGGUGGCCGACCAGAUCAGCCUCCUCAGCCGGGAAUGGAGCUAUGCAGAGCAGCUGGUGCUGUACCUGAAAGUAGCAGAGCUUCUGUCCUCUGGCCUGCAGACAGCCAUAGAGCAGAUCAAGGCAGGCAAGCUGUGCCUCUCCUCCACCGUCAAGCAAGUUGUGAAGAAGCUGAAUGAGCUUUACAAAUCCAGCGUGUCGUCCUGCCACUGCCUCAACAUGAGGCUCCAGAGGUUCUUCUUGGACAAACAGAAACUCAUGGAUCGCAUCAACAGCAUCACCGCAGAGAAGCUCAUCUUCAGCUACGCUGUGCAGAUGGUGCAAUCUGCAGCCCUGGAUGAGAUGUUCCACCACCGGGAGGACUGUGCACAGAGGUACCACAAGGCCCUGCUGCUGAUGGAGGGGCUCUUGAACAUCAUCACCGAGCAGGGAGACAUAGAAAACAUCAAUAAAUGCAAACUGUGCAUCGAGCGGCGGCUCUCGGCUCUGCUGUCGGGGUUCUGCGCCUGAUCUCAAGGUUCAUCCCCCCCACACAUCUCACCCCAGCUGAUCACUUUCUGCUUCCAACACCUGCUGCUGUGGCAAGAAAUGAUCCUGGCGGGAGGAGACCUGGAGGGUGAACUGCUCAAUGCUCUGUAUUUGGAGGCUUUGGGAAGUUGUGCCACAGACUCCGAGUCCCUUGUGGAUAUGUGUGACUGCAGCGAGCACAAAACUUCCCUGCCCAAAAGCCUGGGUGAAGACAUAGRUGAUGUGGAAAGGUUUCCCUCGUUGGCAGAGGGGGAUGAAGGAUAUAAUUCCACUUCUUCCCAGCACUUUGAAGGAAAAGACUGCCUAUCCCUCUUGUUUAAGAACAGGGUAUUCCAGUGCUGUUUCCAUUGCGGGCAAUGGAUGUGCUGAAACUGCUGGCUUCAGUUAACGUUGGAGGGUGUCGUUCAGAAAUCAAGGCCAGUUUGUGACUUUCCCCUAGCCCAGCUGAGAGCCAGGCACCUUAGCGCUUCCUGGCAAGCCGAGGCUCCCCUCCCUCUCCUCCCAGCCCCUUCCCCUCCAUGGUUUUGCCUUGGAGCUCUUGCUGCGUGGCAGAGAGGGGGACUCGGCUCCAYGUAGGGCUGGAGCAGCUCCCCGUAUCUGCAGGCUGAGCGGGGCUGGGGACGUGGUGCAGCCGGCACAGCCCAAGCCCCCCACGGGGUGGACAGACGACGCAGGGACAGAGKCUCUGCCCGGGAAACAAGAAGCCAACGCGCCACAAAACGUCCCCGCGUCCGCAAGAAGCCCAAACAUCCUCCUUGGUCCCUGCGCUCAGCGGGACCAGGGUUAAAACUGCGGGCUGUUCAGCUCAGCCUCUCCGUACAUAUCUGCCCRAGGAAGCACGAGCGCUGUCCUGCUUUCAGCUGUUGGUUAGAGCCCCUCUCCCGUCCCCCCUGUCCCCGACCUGAAAACACUAGCUUUGUGAAUCAAAGGAGCACUUUACACACUGUGGGAACUUUGAGAAGUUGACUUUGCAACACACGACAACCCAGGAGCAUCACGACUGUUAGGAAUGCGCUUCUUCUUAUUCCUUCCCUCGCUUCCUGGUUGUUCGAUUGCACUACGUGUGUGCGUAUAUUGAUAUGUAUUCCUAAGGGUGAAUAUAUGUUGAUAUAUAGGGUUUGUGUGUAACUGUAUGUAUUUAACUGUACUGUAUCUCGUGAGUGUGAGGCAAAAAGCACGGCAGAGUCCGUGCGAUUCCUCCUCCACACCAGGCAAAGCUGACUUGCAGUCUGGCAGUACCAAGAUAAUUUUUGUUUUGUAUUUUAUUUAAGUGUUCUUUUAAGGACAGUCGAUAUAAAGCUCCUUGCUUUUUAAGAGCUCAAGAACAGGCGUUAAGAUCCUACACAUUACAAUUGGAGACGCAUUCUUCUUUUUUUAAGAAAAAAAAAAAAAAAAAGGUUUUAUUUGCUGCUUACUUUUUAUAAAGAAAUCUUGUAGUGUUCGGUUUUAUGUUCAGCAUUUCUUCUGAAGAGCCUCUGUAGCCAAAUGAGACUGUGGGUGUGCGUGGCUGGAGUGCGGGGUGAGCUGGGGUGCUGUGGGCGGGCGCGCGGGGAGCUGGCCGCCUUCCCCGCCGGCCGCGGGCGCAUGUGUGUGUCUUAACUUAUCAGAGUCGUGGCAGUAUUUUGUUAGCGCUGGGCAGAAAAGGAUCUUGGAAAGCAACUCGAAAACCUCAGGCUUUGUUUUUGGGGAUCUAAUAAUGUUUUGCACACGGUGGUUAAGUCCUCAUGGCUUUUUUUUUCCUCGCCGUUUUUGCAYGGUCCGUGGGAUACGUUGCGGGGGUUCCAAGGAGCGACUUGGUUGACUUCUGAGCUGGCAUCAUCUUCGGCAACGUGGAUGUUUCUCAUCGGAGAGCGGGAACGCUGAUAAUGAAAUUAAAAAAUACUUUGGAUACAGG